AUGACAACCACUCCAGCAGCUCUCCAUCACCAUGAUUACACAAUCGGGUGGAUCUCCGCUCUGCCUUUGGAGAUGGCAGCUGCGGCCGCGAUGCUCGACGAGAGACACCCCGACUUGCCGACCAAACCGACCGACGACAACACCUACAUACUUGGCAGAAUUCAUGUGCACAACGUGGUCAUCGCCUGCCUUCCCUCCGGUGUGUAUGGUACAACAUCAGCCGCCACCAUUGCGAGCCAAAUCCGCUUGACAUUCCCCUCGAUUCGAAUCGGGUUGAUGGUGGGCAUUGGCGGUGGAGUCCCUGGAACGGCGGAGGAUGUUAGACUGGGAGAUGUGGUUGUCAGCAAGCCAACAAGGGAUUAUGGUGGCAUUGUACAAUAUGAUUAUGGAAAGUCGUUGGCCGGGGGAGCCUUUGCUCGACAAGGCGUACUCAACAAGCCCCCGCCUAUCCUUCUCACCGCGAUUUCUCGACUGCAAGCUGCGCACUUUACCAGACCAAGUCAAAUCUCGUGGCUUGUGUCGCAAGCCGCCCGGUCCUCUUGCUUCGCAUACCCUGGCGCUGACCGUGACAUUCUUUUCGAUUCCGAAUAUGAUCACGUGAAUCCAGAGAACAACUGUGCGGAUUGUGAUCUCGACAAAUGCAGGAAGCGGUCAAUUCGCGCUUCACAGGAUCCGAAGAUUCAUUACGGGCUUAUCGCGUCUGCGAAUCAGGUCAUGAAGGACGGUCGCUUGAGGGACAAGCUGGCCCGCGAACUUGGCAUACUUUGCUUUGAGAUGGAGGCAGCAGGCCUGAUGGACAGCUUCCCGUGCCUAGUUGUUCGAGGCAUUUGCGACUACUCAGACUCUCACAAGAGUAAAGAGUGGCAGGGGUAUGCGGCGGCCGUCGCCGCCGCCUACACCAAGGAAUUGCUGUCCAUUAUUCAUGGAAAACAAGUCGAGGACGAACCAUCAAAGCUCUCCACCGGCAACAGUAGUACCAUACCUUUUUGGAGCACUCUCGCCGACCCCGCGCUCGAGGAGCUCCUAGAGCAGAUUUCUAGCUACCAGCACGAACAGGUUCAUAGAAGGCUUGCGCACAAAAGACUGACAGGUACUACUCAAUGGUUCUUGGAGAGUCACGAAUUCAAGGCGUGGUUAGAGAGACGCUCGAACAAGUUAUGGUGCACUGGGAAAAUUGGGUCUGGAAAGACAGUGAUCGCUGCAUCUGUGAUCGAAAGUAUCCGAUACGAGCCCUCGGACCACCAUGCUCCUACCGUCUUCUUUUAUUGCGAACAUGACCACAAUGAGACUCUGCGGGCGUCUUCAGUCUUGUCUAGUCUGAUACGGCAACUAAGUGAAUUCCUUCAUCGGAACGCAGGACCAUGGCCAGCGCACUUGAAAAAAGAGAUUGUAACGUUUUUUGGAAGGAGAAAGAUAAUGCCCGAUUUCAACAACUUGGAGGACAUUUUUAUACAACUAUUCGACCUAGUGCCGAUGGCCACAUAUGUCUUGGAUGGGUUCGAUGCGAUGGAGGAAGAACAAUGCAAGCUUCUGCUUACGUUCAUCCGCUCACUAUUCUCUGGAGCAAGAGAGCUCAAAGGGCAACGCAUUCUCCUCUUUAGCCGAGACCAAAUACCAGGCUAUCUCAACAUCGCGACAUUCAUACCUGGGAUCGGUCGGACCUCCACUUUCGACAACACCAUGAGUGAUAUCCUGACCUACAUUGACUAUAGUAUCAGUGAUAAGUCCAUGUACCGGAAGCUCACAGACGAUCGCCUGUUAUUAGAAGAAAUCAAGGAAGUGCUGGUCAACGAAUCAUCCGGGAUGUUCCUCUGGGUCCAUCUUCAGCUCGAGAUUCUUUGGAGCACUUGUUUCACGGAUGCCGAAGUCCGCUCAGCAUUGCAUCAAUUGCCCAAGGAUCUGGAGGAAACAUAUCGGUAUUGCGCCAACAGAAUAAACGCUCAUGAUAAACGAGCAUUGAAAGUUCUGAAGUGGGUUGGCUUCGCGUCACGACCUUUGCACGUCGAAGAGUUAAGAGAGGCAGUAGCGUUUGAGAAACAAGACACAGCAUUUGACAGCAACAAGCUUCCCCAGCGUGACUUCAUCAUCGGAUCUUGCGCCAAUCUUGUGGUCCUAGACCCGAUAGACCUCUGCGUCCGAUUCGCCCACUCUUCGAUCAAACAGUAUCUGGUGAAAAACGGUCUUCCCGGACCUCAAAAAGCCCUCCAAGAACAACCCUUCAAUGAGAAACAGGAAGAAAUGAAUUGCGGAGAAUUCUGCAUUGCGUAUCUUUGUUUUUCUAACUUCAGCCUUCAGAUCGAGCACAAGUGCAAUGAAACGAGAGACGCCGUGGUCCCCGACCCUGUAUUAUUUGCAGGCCCGGCGUUGAAGUCAUCUCUGAGAUACCUUUUUCGGGUACCAGAUAGUCCCAAGCCCCAGAGAGUCCUACAGUUACGCAAUAUUCGCACAUCAACUAUCCCAGAUCGAAGCCAGUACAAAUUUCUGAAUUAUGCUACAGUGAACUGGGUCAGCCAGACGAGAUCUCUUGCGAGGGACUCCCCAAUGUGGGAGAAAUUCGAGAAGCUUGCGACGUGCUUUAAUGAGACCUGGAACUUUCAUCCAUGGACGCCCGGUGGCCGCUCCCUUCGCUCUCAGUUACAUAGUCUUUUUGGAUGGGCUGUGCGAGAAAACCACGAACCGCUUCUCUCCAUAGCGCUGAAUUGGAAGAAAGAGAUAUUGCAGGUGUGCAAUCUUCCUUUGAUAGACGAGGGGCAUCACGACAUUGUUCGAACGUUGGUCACAUUCUGCGAUGUUAACCUAAUGGACGCAGUGGGAUACGCACCUUUACAUCACGCCAUUGCCCGUAACGAUACGGAGAUGGCAUCGUUACUGCUCAGCGCUACAAAAGCCAAUACAGACCUAGUGUCAGUCAAAUGUGGGACACCACUUAGUUUAGCGGUGCAACUGGGAUUUUAUGAGAUGGCGGAACUCCUGAUCCAACAUGAAGCUGCUGUACAGGAGCCUCUUUGGGCUCUGCUGCUCACAACUUGCGUAGGUGCUGCGGAGUCCGGCAAGUCAACAAUCAUCAAGCAGAUGAAGGUUCUGUACAUGCAAGGAUACACACCGGAGGAAUUGAGUCGGUACAGAACGACGAUCUACAAAAAUGUCCUGGAAUGCGCCGAUGCGCUAUUUACGGCAAUGAAUGAGCUGGGAAUCCAUCCGCAUAGUGAAGAGGCCCGAUCGUACCGUUUACCAAUGUCGGAGACGGGUCUGCUGCCGGAUCAAACUCUCAGGCACGAUGCCUGUAAACUGAUAUCCGCACUGUGGCAUGACCCCGCUAUUCCUCUGCUUAUGGAGCAACGAACGAAGUUUUAUUUGAUGGACUCAGCACCUUAG